AUGGAGAAGCUCGUUUCUAGCUGGUACAACGUUCAACCCUUGCCGGACGAUUACAUAUUCCCACCAGAUGCAAGACCCGGGAAGCUAGAUGUGCCUUUAUGCAACAACAUUCCAGUGAUUGAUAUGGGUGGAGCUGGAGCAGAAGCUCAUGACAGAACCUCUGUAAUUCAGCAAAUGCUGAACGCGAGCGAAGAAUUUGGAUUUUUUCAGGUAAUCAACCAUGGCAUACCAGAAAAUUUGCUGAAAGACACAAUGGGGGUGUUCAAGGAGUUUUUUGAGUUACCUUUAGAGCAUAAGGCAAGCCUCUACUCUGAGGACCCCAACAAAAACUGCAGGCUCUUCACCAGCAGUGGCAAUUAUGACUGGGAAGAAGCUCAUUUUUGGCGGGAUAUCUUAAGACACUCUUGUCAUCCUUUGGAGCAAUGCAUCCAAUUUUGGCCUCAAAAGCCAAUUACAUAUAGAGAGCAUGUUGGUGCAUGUUCCACCCAAGUGAGGGAAGUGGCUUUGAACAUUUUGCAGCUAAUCAGUGAAGGACUUGGGCUAGAACCUGGGUAUUUCAGGGAUGAACGUAGCCAAGUGUCUUUACUCUCAGUCAAUUAUUACCCACCUUGUCCAGACCCAAGUUUGACAUUAGGGGUACCUAAACACUGUGACCCAAACCUCAUAACCAUUUUACUUCAAGGGGAUGUAAAUGGGCUUCAAGUUUUCAAGGAUGGGGAAUGGAUUGGUGUGGAGCCUCUUCCCAGUGCACUUGUGGUCAACAUAGGCUAUCAGUUACAGAUUAUCAGUAAUGGGAAGCUGAAAUGUGCCGAACAUCGGGCCGUUACGAAUUCCAGAAAUGCUAGGACAUCUACUGCAUUUUUCUUUACGCCUUCCCCUGAUUGUCUCAUAAAACCUGCAGGAGCUCUUAUUAACACAAGCAAUCCCCAACGCUAUAAAGCCUUUCAGUACAAAGAGUUCAUUACCAACUGUUGA